GGCGCUCACUCCAAAACUAGAUAUGCGGGACAAUUCCCCGUGUUCUCCGCUUCGACUGGAUCAACUAAAAAGACUUUGUGAGCACAAGUACAGCUGUUCUGGAGUAUCACUUAGUGAGCCUAUUUUGCAGAAAUUUUGGAAUACAAUUGUUGUCUAUAUUCCUUCGUGUCUGGCCCCAAAUACCCUGACUCUGGUCGGUCUGAUUACCAACAUACUGGGCACAGUUGCUCUAGUCAUUUGCAGUCAGGAUGCGAAAUCAGAAGUACCUUCUUUGGCCUUAAUCUUUGCAGCCGUCAAUGUUUUUGUAUAUCAAACUCUCGAUGCCCUCGAUGGGAAACAUGCCAGAAGAACAAAUUCAUCGUCACCUUUAGGAGAACUUUUUGAUCAUGGAUGUGACUCAAUUUCAAUGCUCUUCGUACCAAUCUCCGCCUUCAUUGCUUUUGGUAUGGGAGAAUAUCCCAUACUUAUGUUCAUUGAAUUUUUCUGCCUGGUUUCGCUAUUUUACAUUGCUCAUUGGCAGGCCUAUGUAACGGGUAGUUUACAUUUUGGAAUAAUCGAUGUGACAGAAGGCGAAAUAAUAUGCAUUAUUAUCUUUAUACUGACAUCAAUCAUGGGAGUAUCAACCUGGGGUGUUUCGUUACCAAUAAUUAGUAUGAACUUUCGCGUAUUGCAGUUUUUGAUCGUUAUUUGUUUUUGGGCAGCCAAUUUCAUUAGCUUUUCCAACACCGUCCUUGAAGGGGGUACCGGAAAGUAUGGCACCACCGUCGCAGUAAGUCUUAUGUUUUCUAUUAAUAUUUAA